AUGAAUAAAGCCGCGGGGUCUGCAGGAAAAUGUGCCAACAAAUCUGAAGCAGGAAAAACCACCACCGCCGCCACUACCACCUUCCGAAAGUUUGGCGCGUUGUCUGAAGUCGCUGCUAGUCGGCGCUGCGGUAGCCCGGUCGAACGCGAAUGCGAUUGUCCCUCCAGCGAUGUAAAUAGCUCUUCUGUUUCCUUGGCACUUAUUGCUCUAUAUAUCACGUUGUUCAUUUCCAUCGCAUGCAUGUGCGUUGUGGUGCAUAACCGUCGUGUUGUUGUGUGCCCGGUGAACUCAAACGCUGCUUAUAUAGUAAUCGCGCCGCCGCUGACGAACCAUCGGCCGCUCACCACCUCCACACUGCUACCUAGCCACAAUUCUGCUGUCAUCGUCGUCACCAACACCGUCAUUGUUGUCGCCGCCGACGACUACAACCACUAA